AUGAACCCCCGCUUCGGUCUCGACGCCCAAGGCGGCUCACCCCCGGACGCGCCCCUCGGCGGCCAGAUGUACGCCUCCGGGCAGCCCUACAUCCCGCACCACGGCAUGGGCAGCUACGGCCUCGGCCACACCCCGUACAGCGGCUACGGAGGCUACAGCCACCCGCCCUCCUACCCGUAUGCGUACCCGUACCCGUACCCGUACCCAUCCCCCCACGCCCAGUACCCCUACUACCAGCCCAACGGCGCCAACAACACGUACGGCCGCGACGCGACAGGCCUCCCGGCCCUCGCGCCCUCGAUGCCGGCCGCCAACCUGGCCAACACGUCGGGCGGCGUCGGCUGCGAGCCGGGCUACAACUACUUCUUCAGCGCGGCGCACACCAAGAUCCACGUCUUCAAGACGCCGACGCCGCCGUGGCAGCUGCCGCCGAGCACGGGCGUCGAGUUCCACGCGAGCCACGUGCCCGUGACGACGACGCUCGCCGAGAUCCUCAAGGGCUUCGGCGCGUCCGGGCCGACGCCCAAGAAGAACCGCUGCUACGAGAUUGCGCAGGCCGGCAACGGCCGCUGGUACAAGGGGCUCAGCUUUGGCGGCGACGAGAAGGACAUGAUGAAGAAGUCGAUCAAGGAAAUUGGCUGGGACGAGACGAGGAACGGGCAGCCGGGGGGGAAGCCGGUUGUUUGCCUCUGGCUGACGAAGGAUGGCUAG